AUGCCCAUCCUCGACAUCAACAAGGACCUUGCUGCCCUUUUCGAGCAGCAGGCAAAAGCCACCCCAAAUGCCGUGGCUCUCGAGGACGAGAACCGCACUCUCACCUAUGCUGAGUUAGAUGAAGAGACACAGACCCUUGCUGACCGCCUGCGUCGUCAGUAUGGAGUUGGCCGUGACCACCUUGUUGGUGUUCUCAUGAACCGGAGCGCCGACUACGUCGUUGCUUCGUUGGCUGCUCUCCGCGCAGGCGGAGCCUUCUUGGUGCUUGAGCUUGCAUACCCCUCUGGGCUUCUGCGCGACGUCAUCCAGGAUGCAAAGCCCACUGUAGUCAUCACCCAAAAAGCACACGUCGACCACAUCAAGGCCGAUGUGCCCAUCAUCGUUUAUGAUGAGCCCACCAAGUCAACAGUCAAUGGACAUGCUGACUCGGAACUCCCUCCGUUGCCCGCCAGCGAUGACCUUGAGCGCCUCGCUUUUGUAUCAUACUCGUCUGGCACGACAGGCCAGCCAAAGGGCAUCGCCAACCCUCACAGAGCAGCAGUGCUCUCAUAUGACCUCAGAUUUGGUCUCAGCGACCUUCAACCAGGCGACCGAGUGGCCUGCAAUGUAUUCUUUGUCUGGGAGAUGCUUCGGCCCCUUUUGCGUGGCGCCACUGUUUUCGCCAUUCCAGAUUGUGCCAGCUACGACCCAACGGCUCUUGUAAGCCUGCUUGAAUCUCGACGCAUCACAGACACUCUGAUGACACCUACAUUGUUGGCAACUGUCUUGUCACGUCACCCACACUUGGGCAACCGACUGACCGAGUUGCGGUCUCUCUGGCUCAAUGGCGAAGUUGUCACCACUGAUCUCUGCCGCAGGGCUAUGAAGGCACUGCCCAACACUAGACUGCUCAAUGUGUACAGUGCCAGUGAGACUCACGAAAUUGCUGCUGGCGAUAUCGGUACCUUCAUUGACUUUGAGGCCCGCGUCUGUCCUGUGGGGCCCCCAAUGGACCCGGAGCAUAUUUACAUCAUGGAUGAAGAUGGCAACAGAGUCGGUAACAACGUUAGUGGUGAGCUUUACGUUGGUGGCGAUCUCCUUGCGCGCGGAUACCUUAACUUGCCCGAGACAACGGCCAAGGCCUUCCACCCGGAUCCCUUCGACAAAAAAGAAGGAGCCCGCAUGUACCGGACAGGGGAUCUCGCACGUGUGCUUCCCAAUGGAUUGUUGGAGAUUACUGGCAGAGCGGGUGGUAUGAUCAAGACCCGCGGUUACACUGUCCAACCUGGUGCGGUUGAGAACGCCGUUGUUAAGCACUUGGCCGUGCGCGAUUGUGCAGUCACAUCUCACGGGGACGGUCUUGAGAGACAGCUGGUAGCCUAUGUUGUGCGCGACAACGAAGACAAGAGGGACCGGGCCGACAUUGUUAUCGAUGAGUCUGGAUACAGCCCUGCGGCUAGGCGUGUCCUUUCGGAGCAUUUGGCCCUUUACAUGAUCCCAACGUUCUGGGUUGAACUGGAGGAACUCCCUACGCAUGGAGUUUCUGGUAAGGUCGACCUCAAAGCUCUGCCCCCUCCCCCUACUCCCAAGGCUGCGAUCAACGGCGAGAAGGAGCAGAACACCAAGGUCAAGCUUGAGACUGUCAAGAAGCUUUGGGCAGCUUCCCUCAACAUGCCCGUCAGUGCUAUCACAGAGGAGCAUGACUUCUUUGAUAUCGGCGGCCACUCUCUAGUCCUCGCGGAUCUCGCAAACCGAUUCACGAAAGAGUUUGGAUUUCCGGUUCCGCUAGCCCCGCUUGCUGGCUCUCCGACUCUGGAAGGUCACCUGAAGGCCAUUCGGGAUGCUCGCGAUGGACACACUGCUGCGGUUCAAGCCGACCUUCCUGCCGUUCUUCGGGCAGAUUGCAUUCUCCCUGAAGAUAUCAAGUCCAACGGCACUCCUAUGCGCAAACUGAACGAUGCUGACACUGUACUCCUCACUGGUGCAACUGGUUACCUCGGAGCUUUCCUCCUCAAGCAGCUUGUUGAGACCACCGCAGCACAUAUCAUCUGCCUCGUCCGCUUCACAGACCCGACGGAAGAAUCUGCACCCGCAGGCAUGGCGAGAAUCCGAAAGAAUCUUAUUGAUCUCGGUAUCUGGGACGACUCUAUGCUUGAUAGAAUGGAGAUCCUGCCUGGAAACCUGUCCCGAGAGCAUCUUGGUCUUUCCCCUGAGACCUAUGACGAGGUUGUGUCUCGGAUUGAAGUCAUUAUCCACGCCGCUGCAACUGUCAACCUGGUGUACCCCUACGCGGCGCUGAGAAGCCCCAACGUUGGAGGCACUAGAGAGAUUCUGCGCAUGGCGUCAAAGAGCGGCGCCACGCUUCACCACGUGUCUACCAACGGUGUUCUGACCCCGUCUGUGGCAGGAUGGACAGAAGAUGCCAUGGUUGACAUUGAUGACGUCCCUGAAAAGCUGAUUGACGGAUAUGGACAAACGAAGUGGGUGGCCGAGAAACUCGUUUACGAGGCCGCUCGACGUGGUAUGCCGUGCAAGGUCUACCGUCCGGGUACUAUCAGUGGUCACAGCAAGACUGGUUCAACCAACGCCUGGGAUCUUCUCAACGCCUUGAUUGUGGAGUCUCUGCAGCUUAAGACGGCGCCGGCUAUUGACAACUGGUUCGCAGAGAUGACGCCCGUUGACUUUGUGAGCGCGGCUAUUACGACGCUGGCGAACCAUCACGACCCGAACCAGCUGGUGUACCACCUUGGCGACCCCAACCCGAUUUCCGCCAGCUAUAUCUUUGACAGUUUGACCGAGCUUGGAUACUCGACGACCAAGAUCCCUUGGGAUGAUUGGGUUGAGCUCUGGACGAAGAAGAGAGGAUUCGGCACGGCUGGUGACGUGCCCUUCACUGUUGACAUUCUCCGUGGCGGUAUGCCUACCGCAGAGACGCUGCAGGCCGUCACUGUCCUAAAGGACGAUGCCACAGCACCCGUUCUUGCAAAGUACAGGCUGGAUCGCCCCAAGAUUGAUACACACUUGCUCGAGACAUACACGCGCCACUUCUACGCCAGAGGCUGGCUUUCGCGACCGCCGCGUCGGGCCAACGUCAAUGGCGCAACGUCCCGCGUCAACAAGGGCCGCCUGGCCGGUAAAGUUGCUGUUGUCACUGGUGCCUCAUCGGGUAUUGGAGCAGCUGUUGCUGCUGGUCUCGCUAAGGAAGGUGCCCAUGUUGCCCUCGCAGCCAGACGUACGGAGGCUUUGGAGGGCGUCAAGGCCAAGCUCGCAGGCACAGGAGGCAAAGUCCUCAUUCACAAAACCGAUGUCACUAAGAAGGAGGACGUUGAGUCACUCAUGCAAACAGCUACUGAGAAGCUUGGACCGGUCGACAUUCUUGUCAGCUGUGCUGGUGUCAUGUAUUUCACCAUGAUGGCCAACAACCAUACUGAGGAGUGGGAGCGUACGGUCGAUGUCAACUGCAAGGGUCUCUUGCAUUGUCUUUCCUCUACUGUUCCCGGCAUGCUCGGCCGUGGAAAGGGCCACAUCGUAGCUAUCUCAUCCGAUGCCGGUCGCAAGGUUUUCCCCGGCUUGGGCGUGUACUCUGCCAGUAAGUUCUUCGUCGAGGCGACAUUGCAGAGCUUGCGCUUGGAGACGGCAGGAACUGGUCUUCGCGUCACGGCAAUCCAACCUGGCAAUGUUGCCACCGAUCUUCUGAGCAUGUCCACAGACGCCGAGGCCCUUAAGAAGUAUGGCGAGCCUUCGGGAGCCAAGGUUCUGGACGCCGAGGAUGUUGCUUCCUCGAUUGUGUACGCCGUCUGCCAACCGGAGCAUGUGGCUGUCAACGAGGUUCUUAUUGAACCACGGGACGAGCCCAUUUAA